CCCAGCCACCACCACGAUUUUUUUUUAAUUAUCGUUGUUCAACGCUAUUCGCUAGCUCGGGGCUGCCGCUUUAACCACAAAGCAGAACAAAAAGAGAAAAAAAAAGGGGGAAAAAUAGCAAAAUCUGUUCACUCGCAGGAAACAGCAAACCAAGGAGGCUGCAUUUGACCGCGAGAUGUGCAUCGGAGGAGAUGCGGCACACAACAAAGCCCACGGACGUUCUCUCAUUUUCUGCAUGGGGGAGUGAGAGAAAAGAGGUUUUUGGCCAGAAAAAACAUGUGCUCCAAGGUGGUCCUCCUUGGGGUGGAAAGUGGAGGUCUGCUCCUGUCUGGUCCUUCUUGGUCUGGAGCAUGGGUAUCAGCUCCAACACAGUCCUCCUUGCGUUGCUGAGUAAGUAUCUGCUCCGAGGUGGUCUUCCUUGGGUUGUAAAGGGGAUAUCUGCUCCAGCGUGGUUCUUCUUGGGUUGGAGAGUGGAUAUCACCUCUAACGUGGUCCUCCUUGGGUUGCAGCAUGGAUAUCUGCUCUUAUCUGGUCCUCCAUGGGUUGGAGAGUGGAUAUCUGCUCCAACGUGGUCUUCCAUGGGUUGGAGAGUGGAUAUCUGCUCCAGCGUGGUCUUCCAUGGGUUGCAAACGGGAUAUCUGCUCCAAUGUGGUCCUCUGUGCAUGGGUAUCUGCUCCAAGGUGGUUCUCCAUGGGUUACAGAGUGGAUAUCUGCUCCAACAUGGUCCUCCACGGGUUGUAAAGGGGAGAUCUGCUCCUAUCUGGUCCUUCUUGGGUUGCAGAGUGGGUAUCAGCUCCAAGGUGGUUCUCCUUGGGUUGCAGCAUGGAUAUCUACUCCAUGGUGGUCCUUCUUGGGUUACUAAAUGGAGAUCUGCUCCAAGGUGGUCUUCCUCGAGCUCUGCAUUUGUGUCCUGGUGGCUUUUCCCCAGAAAGCCGAGUAUGGCCGAGUGGGAUAAAAAUAGGGAAAAUAGGGAAAAGAGGGGAAAGGAGAAGGGAAAGGGAGAAAGAGACAGGAGAGGGGGUGGGAGGACUUGGCCCUGUGCACCUCCCAGGGGGCCCCAUCCCCAUCCAGGUCCCCAUCAAUGUCCCCAGCCAUGUCCCUAUCCCUGUCCCCAUAUCAAGCGCCUCUGGAAUUCAGCCCAACAACGACCGAAAAAAUCAUACUUUGGGUAA